CUUAUCAAUUGUCUUCAACAAGAGUCAAUAUAAAGUAAUAAAUUCCAAAAAACGGAAACAUGGUGCAAUUAGCACUGAUGUGGAACUGUAUUUUGGUAUUAUUCCUUGUACGGAAUCCUGCACAAUCUACUGUCGCAAUCAGCUCAGUACAACCAAUUAUAACUCAACACAACAUAGAAGAUAUAAUAGCCCAACCAUAUGCUGUGCAAUCUUAUGGAGAAGGUGACCUGAUUGUCGCCGAAUCUAAGAAACACGAAGAAGAGGAAAAGGAAGAAAGCUACGAGUCGGAGUCCAGUGAAGAAAAAGAAAGUGAGCAUAAAGCUGAAAAGGGAGAAAAGAGCAAGAAGUAUCACAAAGAAGAAGAGGAACAUGCUAAAGGGGAAAAGGGGCAUCACGAAAAAGAAGGCAAAAAGGGUGAAGAGGAGGAGGAACAUGGUUUUGAAGAGAAACAUAAAAAAAGUUUUGAACAUCAGAAGAAACACAAGAAAGGAGAGAAGGGAGACAAAGGUCACGAGUUCGAAGAUCAUGGUUCAUAUAAAAAAGGUCACUCCGUCAAAGGUAAACAUAAUGUUCACAAAUUAGACGAAGACAAAAAGGAGAAAAAAUACUAUGAUGAAAAGCAUGCUGAAGGAGAAGAAGAAAAACACGGCAAAUUCGAAGAAGGUAAAAAACACAAAGAAGGCAAUAAGUAUAAAAAAGCUGUUAAAAAGAAGUCUGAACAUGGAGAAAAAUACGGAAAAAAGGAUCAUGGUCACAAGGGCCAUAAAAAGAAAGGACAUAAAGGCCACAAAAAGAAACACGAGGAAAAGAAAAAAUGGGGUAGUGAUCAUGAGAGUGGUAAGAAAAAAGGUGAAGAUGAGAAGAAGAAAUGGAAAAAAUCCGAAAAGAAAAGUAGCGAAGGUGGAAGUGGGGGUCAUGAACAUGAAUGGUAACCACAAUAACCAAUAAAUGUUAUUUUUGAUAUGAGUCAAGAGAUUAAGAGAUAUAAGCCUAAAUUUGAGAUUUCAAUGUUAACAAAAGCAGCACAGUUAUUUACCAUACUUUUAAAAAAUGAAUAAAAAUUAAUUCUUAAGUUUAAAUUAAUUCUUAAGUUUAAAAUGUAUAUAUCCCUACAAUGUAGGACUCCUACAUAUAUAACAUACAUUUUUAUGUAUGUAAGUAUAAAAAGGUCACAAAUAUAAAAGACUAUAAUUAAUCAUAAAGUUACAAAAAAUUAUAUAAUCAAACCCGAUUAUAACAAUCUGCGUGGGAGUAAAAUUUAUUCAUUAUAGACGAAGUUCGUAAUAAGACGGGUGAAAUAUUUGUAUGGACAGAAAAUGUAGUUUUCUUUAUAAUCGAGUUCGUUGCAAAAGAUGUUUUUGUAUGAAAUAUCGGGACUUGAAAAAUAAAAAAAUUCGUAAUUACA